CAGUUUCCAACACUAACUAGUAAUUAAUAUCCAUGUGUAUGUAUUGGUGGUGGCUACUGGCUACAAUAACUCACACUCUAUAUAUAAACCACACAAGUGAAUAAGUGAUUACACAAACCAGCAUCACAAACCCCAAAAAAGAGAUGACUUCUCUGAAUCUUGUUUCACGGACUUGUCCCAUUCCCUUUCUCAGCCAUGCAACCACCGCUAUGUUCCCAACCCCCAAUUCCGUCAUCUUCUCUACCAAACCAUUCUCUUAUGCCUUCUCCGUCUCGGCAAUUGUCACCGCCAACCAAGAAACCAUCGUCCUCGACAAACCCGCCACCACCACCACCUUCGACUUCACAGCCUAUAUGCUUCGGAAGGCUGAUACAGUUAACAAAGCCUUGGACGCAGCCAUAGCGAUGAAGGAACCUGAGAAGAUCUACGAGGCGAUGCGUUACUCUCUCCUCGCCGGAGGCAAGAGGGUUCGCCCGCUUCUCUGCAUCGCCGCCUGCGAGCUAGUCGGCGGAGACGAGGAAACCGCACUCGCCGCCGCAUGCGCCGUGGAGAUGAUUCACACCAUGUCGCUCAUCCACGACGACCUCCCAUGCAUGGACAACGACGACCUCCGCCGUGGAAAGCCCACAAACCACAAAGCUUUUGGCGAAGACGUUGCCAUUCUCGCGGGCGACGCCCUCCUGGCAUUCGCCUUCGAACACAUCGCUGUGUCCACCAAAGGGGUGUCGCCAACGAGGGUGGUCCGCGCCAUCGCGGAGUUAGCAAAAUCGGUGGGGUCAGAAGGGUUAGUGGCGGGUCAAAUAGUGGACACACAUUCCGAAGGGUUAUCGAAUGUGGGGUUGGAGAGGCUGGAGUACAUUCACCUGCACAAAACGGCGGCGUUGCUUGAAGCUGCGGUCGUGCUGGGAGGCAUAAUGGGUGGCGGAAACGAUGAUGAAGUUGAGAACUUGAGGCUGUUUGCAAGGAGCAUUGGGUUGCUGUUUCAGGUUGUGGACGACAUUCUCGAUGUUACAAAGUCAUCGGAGCAACUUGGGAAGACGGCGGGGAAGGACUUGGUGGCUGAUAAAGUCACUUAUCCGAAGCUCUUGGGGAUUGAAAAGUCAAAGGAAUUUGCUCAUAAGUUGAACAAAGAUGCAUUGCAAUACCUUGCUGAAUUCGAUGAGGAUAAGGCUGCUCCCUUGGUUGCUCUUGCUAAUUUCAUUGCUAACAGGCAAAGUUAAUUAGUUCCGUGUUAUGAAUAAAUUAAGUGUUAAUCAUGUUAUUUUUAGUGUGUGGGGGUGUAUAUGUUUAUGUAGGAAAAUUAGGAUUCUUGAAACUUGAACCAUGGAUAUAUACAAAGAAUAUCUUGAAACUGGGGAUGGAGUAUUAUUUAUAAAUAAAAUUCCUUUUAUUCAAA